AGAAACCGAAAAUACAUGUUGAUUAUUGAAGAAUGUCCGAAAUAAAACAGAGGAUUAGAAACAUAUUGUAGAAAUGUGGGUAAAGUGGUAAAUAACGGGGACGCUGUCUCAUCCGUGACACAUUUUCCACAGACACCCAUUGGCCUCUCACGUUCUCGCGAUGUUUCGGCGCCGCUCACAUCUAGACCGCGAGAAGAUGAGCGAUGGCAAUAGAAAACAAACCUGGGGACGAAUUUGACACCGUUUUCAGUCAAAACGACUCUUUAGAGCUGUCGUCGCACCGCGACUAUGAGCCUGCACAGGCUCGCAUCUUCAAGUUAAUCGUCAUCGGAGAUUCAAACGUGGGGAAGACGUGUUUGACUUACAGGUUCUGCGGGGGAACUUUCCUGAAGAACCCGGAGGCAACGAUCGGGGUCGAUUUCAGAGAGAGGACGCUGGAUCUCGAUGGGGAGAUCAUCAAGAUCUGGGACACGGCGGGUCAGGAGCGCUUCAGGAAGAGCAUGGUGGAGCACUACUACCGCAGCGUCCAUGCUGUCAUCUUCGUGUACGACGUGACCAGCCUCUCCUCCUUCGAGAGCAUCCCUGAGUGGAUCGAGGAGUGCCGCCGACACUCUGUGGGGCCCAUGGUGCCGCGCAUCAUGGUGGGCAACAAGUGUGACCUGCGGGACCGCCGGGAGGUCCCCACCUCGGCGGCGCAGCGUCUCGCUGACAGCUACAACUUCCCGCUGUUCGAGACAUCGGCCAAAGACCCUGCCGAGAGGGACAAUGUCGACGCUAUCUUUCUGACUCUGGCUUACAGACUCAAGAGCCACAAACCCAUGAGACUGAAGCAGCUGAGCGAAAGCAGGCAGCUGUGGGACCAGAGAGAGCGGGAAGCAGGAACUUGUGAAUGCUGAGGUCACCUCCGUUCCUAUAUGAAUGUACCCGGAGCGUGAGAAGGUCGUCGCAGCCUUCGGGAACAGCAACGGUGCUGAGCGAGGCGGCGUUCCUCCUUGACAGCGCCACUGAAUUCUUACGAUCUUGAGUCAGAAAAGGAAGACAAACGUCCCAUUUUGUUUCCCAUUUUCCCUGCCUGAUGUAAGGCACUGUUACAGAUGGAAUGGGCCUUUAAGUUUGCACAAUAUUAAACCAACAUUUCAGUGAAAUGCAUGAAUGAUUAUGGAGGUAUGCCAAACAUCUGUAGCUCAAACUGCACUCAAAAUCACUUUGACUAAAAAACUUUAAAAAAAAAAGCAUUACAGAGUACUUUAAUACCUAGACUCAUUAUAUGCAAUCAGCUGUCUAGUAGCACUACAACUUAUCUACACUAUUCAAUACAGACAGCUUAUUAAGAGACAAAAUAGAUCAAUGUAAAUAAUGGGACCAAGAAAGUAGAUUUAAAACUGUGAACAAAGCUGUGCAAUCAUUUUCUAAAAGAGGUUGACUUAAAGUGAUAUUUCAGUUUGUUAAAAAAUAUAUAUAUAUAAAUGCAGCAUGCGUUUCGGUGCUGUCGCUAAAUGUGUGUUACUCAAAUAUGAAUAUGAACAUAACGAGCUUUGCGUUGGAUCAUUCUUGUACACAACAGGAGAGAGCUCACUCAUGACAGAAAAAAAAAAACUGCAAAUAGACAUAGUUUACUUGAAAUGCACGAGUGAAUACAUGCUCAGUGGUCUUGUUAGACCGGAUAGCAUCGACGACACGAAGCAAAAUCUGGACUGAUUCUUUUGUUGCAUGUGUACAAUAAUGCAAAACACCUUUCCAACACUAUGGAGAUUUGUGACAAUGUGAGGCUGCAAAUCAAUAAAAGUGGUUUUACCAAUACGAUUUCUGAGGUUUCUCCUGUGUCAUGAUGUGCAUGUACAUGCUUACACGCAACGAACAAUAAAAUAACACGAUUUUAUUUUAGGUGUGUUUUUAUUGGUUGACAUUAAAGGUGCAACAUGUAAGUCGAGCCAAGUCAAGUAAAAUGUUCAUCAGAAUGUGUAGAAAGAGGAGAUUUGAGG